UUGUCUUGCGGCGACCUGGGCCGGCAUUCGUGGCCGGGCAAGCGUUGCGAGAAUUCUCUGGUCAUCUCCACAACGAAGCGAGCGUGCUGUUUUGACAUCAUUCGCAUGGUCAAGACUCAUUAGGACGCGGCUCGUUUCAUGCGAUUCUCGAGGCGUUUCGGCACUUUUUUCAGCUUUUUCCAAAUUUACGCAAUCGCCAACUUGACCCAACAGCGACAACGCAACGGUUCACGUCAGUGCGCUCGAAGGCGGGACUGUAGCGCGCUGGCGUUGCACGUGGCAUGCUGCACAGUCCAGACGUUCUCGGCAUGCUUGUGGACACUCAGCACCUUUACAUCUCGGCGAUGCGUUCGUACAGCGUGUACAUGCUGCCGAUCGAGGCGGUGUGUAUAUGUAGAAGGGCCGCGUGGACGUUUGACGGCAGAAGCGCCAGGUUUGUAAACACACCACGGUGCAUUUCGGUGCGUGCGAGUCUCCUUCCAUCGAGAACUGGCGUGAGAAGGGGAUCGAUCGCUCCUCGAGCGAUAGGCACUUUCUCGGGCGAGACAGAGUCGACGGUCGUAGGUAGUAGUAUAUGUAUCAACUUUCCACGUCCAAGGGAUGCCUAGGGCCGAUCCCUUCUCCAUUCACAUCCCCUUCCACCGGCAUUUCGCAGGCGGUCCAGCGGUGGAGCGCCAGCACAUGGUUCUUGCGCCUUCUCC